CUUUCGUUAUUAAUUAUUUGAUGUCUAGGAUUUCAAACCACGCAUUUAUUUUAUUCUAUUCGACUAGAAUAGAACUAGUUUAGAUCUGGAUUUCAGCAAUGAUCUAGUCAUUCUAGUGGACGAUCAUACCUCAAUAUCUAUAAAUAUGAUCUAGAUCUAGAGAUCACAUCGAUAUAUUAUUAUAGUCACAUUGGUGACAGUCAUUUAGAUUUACUUGAGUCUGAAUUCCAUUAAUUUAACUUCGGAAUUUUCAAGAAUUAAAAUGACCUCUACAGUGAAAAACUACGCUAAUCUGAUGCCUUUGCUGAAAAAAAGAGGUUUCAUCAAUAUCAUUCAAAAUCAAGAUACCUUCCUCAACGAUUAUGGACCCGCAGGGACACUUCUGAGACAUAAUAUUCUUAAACAAUGGUGGGAUACAAUGGUAAAUCAACAAAGUAAUGUAUUUCCUAUGGAAAAUAUGUUAACAGUAGCUUUGAAACAAGCUAAUGUGGGUCAAGGAGAUGUAAGUUGUAUUGAAAGAAACAAUAAUACAUAUCAAGAAUUACUUAUGCCAGAUUACAAAUCCAAGUACUUACAAGUAUUAAAGUUGACAAACUAUCGACUACCUUUUUCAAUCACUAGUGUUAGGUCAACUUUGUCUGCCAGGACACCAGCUAUGACUUCUGAGAUACAGAGUCAGUCUGACUUGAAGGAAUUUCUUUUGGGAGAUUGUAAUAGAACCAGACUUCUGCUUCAGAAUUUUAUUCUUCCUUCCAGUAGAAACAAAACUUUUGAUUUCUGGCUACAUCUGAGAUUAUCUUGGUGGAAAAAUUUUUCUAAUAAGCCUGCCGAUUUUCAUGUCAGCUCAGAGAAUUCCAAAAAUAGCCAGACUGGCAGCAAUGAGAAUGGUACUGAGAAUGGAAUGAGUCCAAAGUGUAUUAAUAUAGUCUAUCACUUCCCAUGGGGAAUGGAGACAAUUGAAAAAGUGCAUAGCUUGGGAGACCAGCCUUUUCAAGAUCCCAGCAAUGUUGAACAGGAGAAAUAUAAAGGUUUAGUCACUGGCAAGGAGCCCAGCCUACCUCACUGUAUUGUCUGUGACACAAACCUGGAGACUGCCACAGCUGCUCUUUUAGUGGACAGCUAUUAUGAGCGGCGGAUGACCUCUACUGACAGCACAACCAGACCUAGUAUGGUAUUGAAGCUGCACUCCCAAAUAAGUCCAUUUCAAAUUGCAAUAGCUGUCAGUAAUACAUCAACAAGGCCAAGUGAGUUGCGUCAUGUGUGCCACCAUUUAGAGAAAGAUUUCAAGAGAAAUGGAGUGUCAUUAUUCAAUAUAUCUGAACAAGGUAGCACAUUAGAGGCCCAUUUUAAAAGAAAUGAUCAGCUAGGCAUCCAUUACACCAUCAUUGUUAGUGACAGUACCAUCAGUGAAGGUUUGAUCAGUACUAGACACAGAGAUACACAAAUUCAGAAAUCAAGCCAUAUAGGAACAGUUGUAGAAGAUAUAAAAAGAAAUCUCAGUGCCAGGUUGGAGCAUCACUCUUAAUGCCUACCAGUAUAUUUACAUGAUGUGUGUGUGUUGAGAAUGUUUUUUUUCCCCCUUGGAGUUGUUUGGGAUGUAAUGCAAGAGUCACCCCUAAAUGUAACUCCUUUGGUUGUCAGUUGACAUUUGUUUUUAAUGUUAAGUUUUAUUUACUGCUAUAUAUUUUUAUUUCUCUGGAAUGUUUGUUGAUCAAUACUUGCAGUUAAUGCUUAAUUCUUUGUUACUGAUCUAUUGCAUAGUAUAUAAAAUAAUGAAUUCAUAUUUUAAAAUGUACUGAUUCAAAGUAUUGUGUAAUAUUGUCAAAUAUCAACAAUUUUGAGAUAUCUUCUAAUUGUACAAUAACUUGACAUUUGAUACAUUGAAAUAAAGGAGAAACAUUUUUUUU